UUUUUUAUCUCACUUAAACCAAUCCUAUUAAGACUCUUUCGAGUAAUAACUCCGUUGUUCUAAUUCUAGCGCAAGAAUGAAGCCUCUGUUUCAUCAUCAAUCUUCUUCCAAUAUUAUUUUCUUUUAUUAUUCCGUAGCACUUUUGAUGAUCUCAAUCAUGAAUAUUCCAACAUGUAUUUGCAAAGAUGAUCCCCUAUACACAAACUGUAACACCGCUUUUGACUGCGAAAGCAGUGUCCCAAACCUCAAGUAUCCGUUCUGGGGAGAAAACAGAGCGAAAUAUUGCGGUGGUGAUUCUAAUACAGAGGUCACUUGCGAAGGAAAAGUGCCGAAGAUAACAAUUAAAAACGUGAAAUACCGUAUUCUUGAUUGGGAAAAUACAACAAAGAAACUGACUGUAGCUAGAGAAGAUUACUCGAGUGGCGAUGUUUGUGCUGUUAAUAACAAUUACAGUAACAGCACAUUCGAUAACACUGGUCAGUUUCAACGAUUUAGCGGUGUUUCAAACGUGACUCUGUUAUAUAACUGUGUUGCAAAUGGAGACCCAUCGAAUAUGUUUCAUAGUGUUGACUGCCAAAAUACUAAAUUUGUUGUCUACACCGUUGUUGAUCCUACUUUGUAUUCCACCAUAUGUAGUCCAAGUGUUAUUGUCGUCAUUCCCAUUUUGGAUACCUUUACUUCACAAAUUGCAUCUGGUAGUGGAUUAGAAGAAGCAUUAAAAAAAGGUUUUGAGUUGAGAUGGACCGUAAACUCUCCGGAAUGUGACGCGUGCGUUGGAAGUGGUGGAGUGUGUGGCAACGAUGGAGGAACUGAAUUAAGAUGUUUCUGUAAGGAUGGACCUGAUAAAACUUCAUGCAAUUCAGAAAAGGCAUCAACCUCAAGUUCAAAACAGAACUGGAGGUUUAUUGUGAUAGGUGCUUCACUGGCUGGAUUUGGAAUAACAACUUUCUUUAUUGUUAUGAUUACUUGUCACCUUAAAAGAGGUAUACAUAACCAAAAGAGUACCAUUGUUUGGAAAAGAAGAAAAUUUGUUGAAAACAAUGUGGAGGUUUUCAUGAGAAGUUAUAAUUUAUCAGCGACAAGAAGAUAUAGUUAUACAGAAAUAAAAAAGAUCACAAACUCAUUUAGAAAUAAAUUAGGUCAAGGAGGAUAUGGCAUUGUGUAUAAAGCAAAUUUACCUGAUGGUUGUCAUGUGGCAGUGAAAGUAAUCAAUGAAUACAAGGGAAAUGGAGAAGAGUUCAUAAAUGAAGUUGCCAGCAUUAGUAGAACAUCACACACAAACAUUGUUUCACUUUUAGGUUUUUGUUAUGAGAUGAACAAAAGAGUAUUACUUUAUGAAUAUAUGCCCAAUGGAUCAUUGGAUAAAUUCAUCUAUAAAAGUGGGUUUACUGAUGCUAUUUGUGAUUUCAAUUGGAAUAAGUUGUUCCAAAUUGCAAUUGGCAUUGCUAGAGGACUAGAGUACUUGCAUCAGGGAUGUACUUCAAAGAUUUUACAUCUUGAUAUCAAGCCCCAAAACAUUCUUUUGGAUGAAGAUUUUUGUCCAAAAAUAUCUGAUUUUGGAUUGGCUAAAAUAUGCCAAAAGAAGGAGAGUAUUGUGUCAAUACCAGGGACAAGGGGAACUAUAGGAUAUAUGGCACCAGAAGUAUUUAGUAGAGCAUUUGGUGGAAUUUCUCACAAGUCGGAUGUGUAUAGUUACGGCAUGUUGAUUCUUGAAAUGAUUGGAGGAAGAAAGAAUUAUGAUACUGGAGGAUCGUGUACUUCUGAAAUGUAUUUUCCAGAUUGGAUUUAUAAGGAUCUUGAUAAAGGUAAUAAUACUCUUUUAAAUGGUUUGACAAUCUCAGAGGAAGAAAAUGAUAUGGUUAGAAAAAUUACUUUGGUGAGUCUAUGGUGCAUUCAAACGAAUCCAUUAGAUAGACCACCAAUUAAUAAAGUAAUAGAAAUGCUACAUGGACCACUUUCAUCGGUGUCUUCUCCUCCAAAGCCUGUGUUAUUUUCUCCUGAAAGGCCACCACUACAACUUUCAUGUAUGUCUUCAUCGAGUCUGGACGAGACAAAUUCAAUUACAGUAUCAAAAUAGUUAUUCUAUAAAUCAAAUUUUGUAUUAGUCUAACAACUGCAAAAAUGAAAUAAUUGUAACUUGUGUAUAAUUGGUUAUGGCAUGCAACAUUUGUAAUCAUUUUGUUAAACUUCAAAAUCAAUAAAAUAUAAUUAUAGUUAUUGGAGCGGCAAAA